GCGUGUAGCGCAGUAAGUUUGUGCUCUCACUCCCGCAGCGCCCGAGCUGCGACUCAGUGCCGAGGAAGAUGAUGAUGAUGGUGGUAUGUGGGCUGUGAGUAACGCACACAGAGCGGAUUCACAUCUUACUCCACAGUGAGCACCUGCUGGUGGCACUUCUGAGAGCUUGAGCUCUGGGUGUGACGGCUGUCUUUUGUCCUCCACCUGCUUCCUCUCAGAUGAAUUAACUGGAAUAUCUUCUCUAUUGAACUGGAUCGUCCUGGAAUUAUAUUUAAUUGAAAAGUUAGUCGUGCUUCUGCUCUCUAGUUCACUGGCGCAUCUGUGUCUCAGCGGCACUCUGGACGUAUCGGUAACUCAUGUGUUUGUGUGAUUAUUGGUGCUCAUCUAAUGUCACCCAGUGAGUGAGCGCGCUCCAGAUGCACACGCUGUUUGAUCGGAAUUGGAAAGGGCUGGGAAUCGAUCUGUCUCCGGUCUCGUUGCCCCACGUUGCCGUGAGGAUGUUCAGCUGUGUCGGGUGUUUUUGGGUGCUCCUGUCCUCCGCCCUGGUCGCGAUUUGCAGUUUCAGUUUCAUCUCUCCCGCAUGGAUAGUGAAGGACCACCUGAAAAACAAGGACUCAGUGAGUUUCGGGCUCCUGUGGCACUGCUCUGAGUCUCUGGAUCAUAUGUACAGAUGUUACACCUUUGGCGGGCUGGGCAAAUUUCAAGAGAUUCCUUCAAGCUCUUGGCAGACGAGUGCGGUGCUGUGUUCAGGUGGAUGUGCUUUGCUGGCAGUCAGCUCCCUGCUGGCCAUCAUCACCAUCUUUCUGCCCAGUGGAGCCUGUGAGAGGAGGAUCUGCACAUUGGCAGGAUACAUGCAGAUGGCUGCAGUGGUCAUCAUGGGAUCUGGUUUACUGGUUUACCCCUUCGGUCUCAACUCCAACCUGGUGAAGUCUUUCUGCGGAGACUCCGACAUCUACUACGCCGGGGAGUGUCAGAUAGGAUGGGGCUACAUGCUGGCUAUCGUAGGUGUCAUGCUCACCCUCUUCCUGCCCUUUUUCGCUAAGUACGCCCCCAAGGAGCACCUGUCACCCACCCCACUGCCCACUCUUUUAUAAAGCACUACAGACCACCACCAUCUACAAUAUCCAACUAUAAAUCUGAGGUCGAACAGACGGUAAAGUCUCAGCAUCAUUAGCCGUGGUUGCUAACAAUGAUGUCAUGAAGAUGCUGCUGCUCUGAAGCAGAACUCAAGACUCCUCAUCCCCUCUAUUCUCAUUGCUUUUUUUGAUUGUGCUAGUAGCGUCUUCCUUAAUUCAAUAAGGUCUUUUUUUCGUCACAUUCAACCUGCCAGGUGAAAACUCAUUUGAAAAGGAUUAUAUGGAUUUUGGUCUUUCUUUCCCUUCUUCUUAAUUUAUUUUCGAGCUUUGUUCUUGAUUGAAGACCUCUGAGGACUAACUACUGAAAAUAACGGAAAAUAGACCAUGGUGCAAAUUAGUAUUUUUGAAAUUUUGUU